AUGCCUACUCCUCUGAAUGCGAAACGGCUUGUCCUCACAGGCGCCGUCACGGUGAUCACCAUCGCCGGAUCGCUUUAUGGUGCUGGCAUCAAGACCGGGCAACAAGUCACUCAGCAAGCCCAAAAAGCUAGAGACGUCACCAUUGACGAACGGAUCGACGGUCUUCGGAGCAUGCGGCAAAAUUUGAUGGCAAAGAAGGAGCUCGUGGAGAGGCAACUCAACGAUUUGGAGACUAGAAUUGAGGAAAGGAAGCUCAAGAAUAUCGACGGGCCAAAGAAAGAGCCGCCACAAUAUAGGUAA